CUGCUUUCCUUGACAUCGCGGAGCAGGGUAAGGAAAAGCUUGGUUGGGUGCGGCAACUAUGUCAGCUAGAGCUGAGCAAGAGCACUGAUAUGCCAUCGCAGAACCAAUGCAUGCAACGAGUGUAUGGGAUGACGGGAUUAAGUGAUGAUGAUAUCUUAGUUCUCUGUGAUGCGUUUAAGGAAGAAAAGAAUCGCAAUACUUUCAUGUCAUUGAAUGACAAGCAUGCAAGAAAGUGGGUUGAGCGAGAAAUUGCGCAGCAAAAUCUUAUCUAUAGGCCGUCAUUUUCCGAGAUUUAGACAAAUGGCGUAUUGGUAGUUCUUCUUUAUCGUACCUCGACCUAUAUUGCGUGUGGACGUGCAUAUUUUCUAGCUUGUGGUGGUAUUGGUAGUUCUUCUUUAUCUUAACUUUGCAUAGUUUCUACCUUGUGGUGGUGACUCUUGAUUGUAUGACGCUUUAAUUUAUGUUUCCUCUACUCUUAUUAGCUUUGCAUAUUUUUCUGUUGUUGGAAGAUUAUUAUAUGUUGGCGCCAUAUAUAUUACCUCUUGCUAUAGUUAUAUGUUCGUGUGUAUUUAUUUAUUUUUAUUAUUUAUUAUUAAGUGCUGAUUUAUUCGAUAUUUACAACAGUUGCAAUUAGAAAGACAUUAAUGGCGAACCCACUAUACAAAAGAAUUUUUUCUUCAGCGUUCAUAGCCACCAUUAUGACAAUAUUAGAUAACGAUGAUGAAUCUAUCGAGGCUAUAAUGCUACUUGAGUUAGAAUCUGAACCAGUUGCAAAUAGAGUACCCAGACAAAGGUGUCGGACUCGGUCGUUUACCGGACAUCAAAUGUUGUGUCAUAUCUUAUCUGGUCAUCAUGAAUGUUGCUAUCAUCACUUUCGUAUGAGUGCAAUUAUAUUUAUUGCACUCCGCGAUGCUUUAGUCGAGAGGGGGUUAAUAAGUAGCACAAGAAAUAUGACUGAUGAUGAGCAGUUAGGCAUAUUUCUAUAUGGCGUAGGGCAUGGCGUGGCAAACCGAAUAUUGGCGAAAACAUUCCAACAUUCCGGAGAAACCAUCAGUAGGCAUUUUAACAAUGUACUACGCGGCAUUGUGAGGCUAAAAGAUGACUACAUAAUGUUGCCGUCAAGUAAUGCUGCCGUGCAUCCAAGAAUUCGGGAUAAUCCAAAUUUUUAUCCUUUCAAGAAUAAUAUUGGUGCGAUCGACGGAACACAUAUUCCAGUAGUGGUCGAAAGGAGUAAACAAGCACCACUUCGAUGUCGAAAAGGGUUCACCUCACAAAAUAUGAUGGCUGCGGUGUCAUUUGAUCUUAAUUUUUUAUUUGUAUGCACAAGAUGGGAAGGCUCUGCUGCCGGUAUGAGAGUCCUUCGAUGGGCAUGCGAAAUAGGUGGUUUCGUUGUUCCCGAAGGCAAGUAUUACUUAGUAGACUCGGGAUAUGCAAAUACUGAAAAAUUUCUUGCACCCUAUAGAGGAGAGCGUUACCAUAUUAGUCAGUUUGACGCAAGCACACGGGCCCACGUUCAUCGAAAUUCACGAGAUUUGUAUAACCACCGGCAUGCUCAAUUAAGGAAUGUGGUUGAGAGGACAUUUGGCAUUUUGAAGAAGCGUUUCAAAAUUCUAAAUGUAGCAACACCGUUUUCGUAUUCAAUGCUUGAUUGCUAUGGCAUGUUGUAUAAUACAUAACUUUAUUCGCCGUCACCAAGCAAAUGACAAUAUUUUUUCUGAUGAGG